UUUCCACGGGCGCAUUGUUCAGGCUGUAAAAUGAUCCCCGAGCCGCCUGCACCAUCUGAAGGCAACGUGAGCCAGGCUUGGCUUUCACCCUGUCGGACAGCUGGGAGAGGAGCAGAGGAGCGAAGCAGCUGAGGACAGGAGGACUGGAGGAGCAGAGACUCUGACUGGCCCGAGAGAGAGAGAGAACAGGGACCUGGAAACGGGAGGACAAACGCCACUCCACCUCCCUCCUUGGAAAUACCUCUUCCCUUUCUCUUUUUACUCCUGUUUUUUUUUGCAUUCGCUCUGUUUGUGUGUGUGUGUGUGUGUGUUUUGGUGGAGGUACUGUGGGGAGAACCCUCCCUGUGUCAUCCCUGCUUUCUGGGGAACACUUUCCAGCCCCCCCCCCAAACUCCCAGGAGCACCGCUGCUCAUCUGUGAGGCGGGGGGGUCCUCAGUGGGGCUGCACCCCACCCUGCUCUCUUCAGGCCCGACCCGACCCCGCCGCCAAGCCUGUGAUGGACAUUGCCAUGGGAACCGCUCCGGGAGCAGGACCCCAGAGGACCGUAGGGAGCCGUUAGGCAGCGGAGAGGGACAAGGAUGUCCGAGGAAGAUGUGCAAGUGCCAGACGUGCCCCCAGGGGGCGACGUGGAGCUGGCGGCGGAGCAGCCGUCCAGAGACAGCCGCAAGCUGGACUGCAUCAUCUGCUAUUCGGCCUACAACCUGAGCGACAGGCUCCCGCGCAAGCUCUACUGCGGGCACACCUUCUGCCAAGCCUGCCUCUCCCGACUGGACACCGUCAUCAACGAGCAGCAGAUGUGGAUCCCGUGUCCGCAGUGCCGGCAGAACACUCCCUUACCACGCGGGGGCGCCACAGUGCUGGACCUCGACCUGUCGGCCUUCCUGGGAGUCAAGGCGGAGCUGGACAACCAGCGAAUAAACACGCGGCAGGGGGGCGGGUCUCAGGUGGAGCACAAGGCUUCCUUUGGAAAGCAGCCAAUCACAGAGCAGCCCCCUCCAGCCUGGGGUCAGGGGGCGCUGGCUGUACCCCACUUUCGGAGGAGCCCCUGCUGCAGGCGAUGCGUCUCCUGCUGCUGGUACUAGAGCCCAGGGAUGGAAACGGAAUAAUGUGGAAGCCAGUCAUGAGGGCUCAGUCUGCUUCACGUCUCCUUUUUCACACUGUUCCCUAACCCUCCCCAUCCUGCGUCCUAUUGGUCCUUUCACACUAAUGGCAAGCCUCCCCAUCCUGCGUCCUAUUGGUCCUUUCACACUGAUGGACCCUAAUCCUCUCCAUCCUGUGCCCUAUUGGUCCAUCAUAGUGUUUCCUGUGCUUGGGACCAAAUACGAAGGUCGGACAUUUUUAUAUGUUACAACAGAACUCCAUUCUGUUGUAAUUCAAGUGAAGAUAAAACCUGUGAAGCUACAUGGAUGGACUUGAUCAGUUGCACUUGGGCUGGUAUGUCUAAAGGACAUGGGCCUAAUCAUCCACCCCCACGUCCACCACUGUUUCAGAUUUCCUGCUCUGGGCGGGGCACAAGGACUGCCUCCAACCACAAUGACCAAUGAAGGGUCACCAAUAGCCACACAAAAUGGUGGCGUCUAUGCAAACUGCUCCACCUGGUGGCGAUAUAAGAGAAGAGGAAUUUAGUCUAAUCUAGUUAAGAUUACUGAAUUAUACAUAUAUAACCAUAUAUAAUGUAAUAUAUGAGUUAUUUGAGACUGUUGUCUUUUGUUGGUAUUAAUGGGUGUAACUCUGUUCCAUCUGUCAUGUGCAGAUUCUUAAUUUAGUGACUGAGAAAAUUCUUGCUUCCUAUGUUAAUGAUUACAACUGAUAAAUUUACUUUUUAGCAGUUACCUCAAAACAAGAGAAUUAAUAAUUCAA